CGGGAGGGGCGCGAGCGAGGGCCCGCCCUCCGCAGGUGCAGGAGGCGGGGCCACGCCCGCGCAGGUGACGCGUGCGCAGCCGGGGUGAGCCCGUACGGCGCAGCGCGUGAGGAGCUGGCCCCAAUCCUCAGGUCCCUUUUGGAAAGCAUGCAACUGAAGCCAUGAGUACAAAUAAACAGUGGGAUGUUAACAAAGCGCUGGCUGUUGCCAGCCUCUUCCAUUUUCUUUACAGUGCAGGAAACGCCUGUGUGAUUCCAUUUUUAACUCUUUACUUCCGGCAACUGGGGUUGACUGCCCCUUUAGUAGGUAUUAUCAUUGGAAUUAAGCACUUAAUAUCAUCUCUCUGGGCUCCACUAUGCUCCUACUUUGCAAAGAGCCACAGUAAAAGGAAAGUUCUCAUUACUGGAUCAUUGCUGUGUUCAGUGGGAACCGGUUUGCUGCUUACACUUGUCCCACCUUUGAGCAAGGAUGUCAUGUACAAAUAUUGUAAUAUAAGCCAGCAAUCAAGUAGCUUGCUGAAUGCAGUAGAGGUCCCUGACAUGAGUCUGAACAAUCUGAGUGCUGUAAAUCCUAGUACUGUUACCAAUAACGAAAUGGUGUCUGCAGAAACGCUAAGAACAGCUACAAAUGUUUUGGUGACGAGUGGAAAGCCACCGCUACCGAGUUCAGCUUUCCAAGAAUUGUUUACCUUCUUUACAGAUGCACAGAAGACGAAUGGUAAACUAACUGGUGAAGUGGGUAUAACUGCAGACCAUUACAAUAAUAGGUCUUCUGCCAAGAUAGUUUCUUCAGUGAAUGCAAUUAACCAGAUGAUACAAGAACUUGAGACACUCACUUCAAAUGAAACACCAAUCCAUAGGCUUGAGAAGGAAACCAAAAUUCCAGAGGCUGGGCUGUUGAAUGUGAAUAGUAAUCCUGAGAAAAAACUUUCUGUUGGUGGAAGUACUGAAUUUUCUUUACUUCAAACAAACCCUCACCCUGCUGGUCGAGCUUCUUAUGUUUUUGAAAAUCUGUCGAGUCACUGGGAGAAAGUUCGGGAUGUCAAUUUUGAGCUCUUACAAGAUAUUAACUUUCUUGACCGUGAGCACCAGAUUUUUCUCAUGGUGCUAGGUGCUGUUGUGUUUUGGGAGCUGUUGGCUGCACCUCUUGAAUGGAUGGUUGAUGACAGUCUUUAUGAAUAUCUUGACUUUGUUGAUGCAACUGACCGAUAUGGGAAGCUUUGGAUUUGGAGUUAUUUGGGUGCAUCUGGAGGAGCCUGCAGUAUCACCAUAUUUGUAGAUCAGUUGAACUGCUUCCUCAGUGCUAAAAUCUCUCGUCUCGCUGUGCACUUCUAUGGCUAUGCUGUACUGAUCACACUCACAUUGCUCAUCAGUGUCUUUCUUCCUAUCCAUGUUUCCAAGAAAACAGAGCAUCUGAACAAAACUGUCAAAGCUCUGAACCUCAUUGGAAGUGAUGGCCGAACAAUUCUGUCUGCUGUCACCGUCUUCCUUACAGGAGUCAUUGGAUCUACUGUGCAGAAUUUUCUCUUCUGGCAAAUGCAGGACCGAGGCAGCAGUGAAUUAUACAUGGGUCUCUCGGUGGCUAUCGGACUGAUUGCUGAAAUUCUGCUUUAUAUCUUCAAAAGCAAGUUACUAAGGGCUCUUUCAAGUAGUGGUACUGUUGCACUGAGUUUAAGCUGCCUUUCAGCACAGCUUCUGUACUAUUCGUUCCUAUGGAAUGCGUGGUCAGUACUGCCUAUUCAGAUGUUGUGUGCCUUCAGCAACGGUGCCUUAUGGUGGGCAGUUAAUAUGUUGGUUGACGAUGUAGCCAGUCCUGGGACAGAGAGAGCUCUGCACAUCGUCCUCCAGGGCCUCUCAUAUGGUUGUGGAGCUAGCCUGGGAAGCUUUGCAGGAGGGUUUGUUGUGAGCAACUUUGGCUUGGCAGUUCUGUACAGGGCAUGCUCUAUAAGUUUGGCACUGUGGUUAAUCUUGUUCCUGAUUGUCCAGUCUAAGUUGCCUCGGCAGAAAAAAAUUAAUUAUUCUCGUCUCCUGGCUGCAGAUCCUAGUGAUGAGAGUGACUCUGACGAGGAGAAGGAAAGGGACUGGCUAGUGAAAGCUAUGAAAGAUGAGAACUUCAGUAGGAAUUGGUAACAUAAUCAUAUUUGAUCAGCUAUUCUGCAGUAGAACAAAUUCAGAGUACAAAGGUAAAAUUAUUAGGCAGGAGGGAAAGAAAUGCCCAGGAAUGACUAAUAAUUCCUAAGUGGUGGAAUAUACAGUGUACAUACUUGCUUGGAAAGCUGUGUAUAAAGACCAUGUUUUAUAAAUCUUUUAUUUUCUUAAGAUUAAUUUAUAGUAAAUAUUUGUAGCAUUUUUUAACUUAAUCAUUACGUUUCCCAAAUCCAAGUGGAAGGCCUUUUGAGAUGUGCAUUUGCUAAAAUAAAUGCAGUUAAGCUUUUAAUCCAAAGGCAGAAUUUGGAUGCACAUUUCUCAGAGCUAUAGCUGCUGACAUUGGGAGCUGUACCUUAGCACAGUCGAAUCAAUUUAAAAAAAAAAUAUUUACAGUGCACUAAAGUCAGUAAGGAACCAUCCCUCCCAGGCUCAGUCUACAACAAACAAGGAUUAUUAAUGAAAGAAACACC